AAAAAAUGUCAGACAAAGAACCAGACCAAAGCUUCCUUCAAACCUUGUUAGCCAACACUAAAGAGAUGACUGUUGAUGGAUUAUCAGGAGGAGUAGCAGCUUUCAUUACCAACCUUCUGUUUCACCCAUUAGAAAAUAUCAGAACAAGGCUUCAAGAUUACAAAGGAAGUGAAGAAAGUAUCGAGGAUGGCUCACAGAAAUCCGAUGGGAAGAAGAAAAGCAAGAAAUCCUUCAGCGCUUUCCAUUAUUUGUACAAACUGUGGGAGAAAGAAGGAAUCAAUGCGUUCUAUAGUGGACUUGGCAUCACAUGUGGCGGAGCUGUUAUCACAUUUGCUAUUUAUUUCUUCUGGUAUAGGUUCUGGAAGGUCGCUAUCUCUCCCAAUAGUAAUGCCCUUGAUACUAAGAAGAUGAUCAUCAUCACAGCAUUAGCAGGCUCUAUAACUAAUGCUUUGACGUCACCAAUUUGGAAAAUUCAAACAAGAAUGUGCGUAUCUAAAGAGCAAAAAUCUAUUUAUCAGCAUUUUAAAGAUGCUAUUGAAGAGAGCGGAGUAAUUGGACUCUGGAAAGGAUUCUUCUCAGGUUUGGUCCUUGUGAUCAACCCUGUGAUCAACUUCGGUGUCUAUGAAAAACUCAGAACUUUGAUCAUCAAGGAUAAUUCUCAAGUUCCUUCUGCAAAAAUGAUCUUUUUAAUUAGUUUGGUGUCAAAAUUCAUUGCUACUUUUGCUACAUAUCCAGUACUCACCUUAAAGACAAAAGAAUUUACAGACAAAAAGGGAGGUUCUACAUUAACCAUUCUUAAUGAUUUCCUCAAAGAGGAAGGCUUCUUAGCCCUCUACAGAGGUAUCUACGCUAAACUCUUCCAGACCCUCCUCAACAACGCUCUUAUGAUGAUGGCUUUUGAAAAGAUCAAGGCAGCUAUUGAAGCAAGAAUUAACUAA